GCGGGCCGGGUGGCGGGGCGCAGAGCGCGGAGCCGGGCGGCGCGGUAGCAGCCGGCCAUGGCGGGCUGCUGCGCGGUGCUGGCCGCCUUCUUGUUCGAGUACGACACGCCGCGCAUCGUGCUCAUCCGCAGCCGUAAAGUGGGGCUCAUGAACCGGGCUGUGCAGCUGCUCAUCCUGGCCUACGUCAUCGGGUGGGUGUUUGUGUGGGAAAAAGGCUACCAAGAAACAGAUUCUGUGGUCAGCUCAGUUACUACCAAAGCCAAAGGCGUGGCUGUAACCAACACUUCUACACUUGGAUUCCGGGUCUGGGAUGUGGCGGAUUAUGUGAUUCCGGCUCAGGAGGAAAACUCCCUCUUCAUCAUGACCAACAUGAUCAUCACCGUGAACCAGACCCAGGGCUCCUGUCCCGAGCUUCCAGAUAAGACCACUGUGUGUAAAUCAGAUGCCAACUGUGUUGCUGGCUCUUCAGGCACCCACAGCAACGGAAUUGCAACAGGAAGAUGCGUGCUGUUCAAUGGGACUGUGAAGACAUGCGAGGUGGCAGCCUGGUGCCCAGUGGAGGAUAACACCCACGUGCCCGAACCUGCUUUUUUAAAGGCUGCGGAAAACUUCACUCUUUUGGUUAAGAACAACAUCUGGUACCCCAAAUUUAAUUUCAGCAAGAGGAAUAUUCUUCCCAACAUCACCACUACCUACCUCAAAUCGUGCACUUAUGAUGCUGUAACAGAUCCCUUCUGCCCCAUAUUCCGUCUUGGCAAAAUAGUGGAGAGCGCAGGGCACAGCUUCCAGGACAUGGCCAUCGAGGGAGGCAUCAUGGGCAUCCAGAUCAACUGGGACUGCAACCUGGACAGAACCUCCUCCCUCUGCUUGCCCAGGUACUCCUUCCGCCGCCUGGACACCCGGGAUGUGGACCACAAUGUGUCCCCUGGCUACAAUUUCAGGUUUGCCAAGUACUACAGUGACCUGACUGGUGCUGAGCGCCGCACGCUCAUCAAGGCCUAUGGCAUCCGCUUUGACAUCAUAGUGUUUGGAAAGGCUGGGAAAUUUGACAUCAUCCCCACCAUGAUCAACGUCGGCUCCGGUUUGGCGCUCUUAGGGGUGGCGACGGUGCUAUGUGACGUCAUAGUCUUCUACUGCAUGAAGAAAAGAUACUACUACCGGGAGAAGAAAUACAAGUAUGUGGAGGAUUAUGAGCAGGGUCUUGGCGGUAAGAUGGACCAGUGAUGCUUCCUCCACACCUGGGCUCCCCCCCCGCCCUCAUCAGAUCACAGCCAAGAGGGAGAAGAGGCUGCCGUGUCACUUCAGAGAAGGUUCCAGAUUCUGAAUCCAUCUCCACUGCACAGGAACUUCAUGGUCGCCCAGCUGUUUGUGUCUAGGAUGUGAAUAGUAAACCACCCUGACACUUGGGGGUGUUGGGGUGACCUCUGGCCCAAGGGCGGUGGUGCUCCUGCCACUGCAGGCCUGGGGCCUCAUCCAGAGCCAGCCUUCCUUGGGGGGCUCCCAGCUCCAGCUCCCUGUGAGAUAGGCCCAACUGAGGCCCGGCAGCUCGGUUCAAGCACUUUAUGAGGAAAGGAAGGACAGCCAGGUGUGGUCGCUGGACCUCUAGCACGCAGGGGCAUCUGUGCUGUCACGGGACAGUGUCUGUCCUUUGAGAAAAGGCACGUUGAGGUGGUCAAGGACCAAACAUUAAAACGAUUUUCUCAAUCUUUGUGUGGUUUCAUAGCACGAACUAGAACUUUCCUCCCUUCCCUUUUACUUCAACCAGUAAACCCAUUUGUUGUCCCAGCUCACUGUGCUCAGAAAAAAACUUCCUGAAGCAGUCUGCAGUUGGAGCUUAGGCGUUUUCCCCCUGCUUCGACCUUCUCUUGAAGGCCUGGGAGUUUUGAUUUUUGUCAGGUUGUGUUCCUACAGAAUUUACAAGAUUUUGUCCUGUAGUGACUACUUGUC